AUGGCUCUAGUGACCGCAAUAGUGGCUGAAGUCCCAAACCACCAUACGCAGACGAUAUCAGAUAUAUCCAUCACGAUACCCAUCCAAGUCCGAGAUCCUAGCGGACUCGCUGCAUUUUUAAUAUCAUGCCAACCUUCAAACACAGGGUGGAAACAACCCUUGGGACGAAAUUUACAACAACAUCACAAGCCAAAAGAGAUUGAGAUCCUGGCCAUGUCAUUAUCCCGUCCCGUCUUACUUUUUAUUCCGAAAUUGAAGGAGUCGGAUAACUGGCUUGUGGGCAUCCGCGUCAGGGUGGGAGAUUUCGAAUUUGAUGCAAUAAUGGACAAAGGUCCAAAACAACCAGCCUUUCAGGUCCCCUGCGGCCCUACGAGUGUUCUUUCUAAGGCUUGCUUGCGAUUUCACUCCCUCUACACUCUGCUCUCCGUCUGUGGGAUUUCUCACUCUGUGUUGGAUACCUCAGCUAUUCCUCUUUUCGCUAAUAUCUUCGCUUUCAUUUCACUCCCUGCUUUUCCAGACCUCGCCGGCAUCUCUUCCCGAUUUCUCAAAUCGGUUUCCACGGAGAAGCAGAAAGGGCAAAGACGUGGAAGUAGUAUAGAACACAUGCCCUUCACACAAGAGAGUAUCAUCACAUACGAAGUACACAUUAAGAGCAAAGGCGAGGUGGGAGGGGGGCAGAGGAGAGUUGGGUGGGGAGAGAUUUGA